GUUGAGAGAAAGAAGAAGGGAAGCAGCAAGCAACAUCAAAAUCUCAUUAGAGAUGACUCCGAUGAACGCCAACUGUUUAUUCUCACCUUCUCCUCCUACUCAACUCUUCCCUCUCCGCUCUACAUCGAGUGUACCUCCUUCUGUUUACCGCAUAACAGGAAUCUCCCAUGAUUCCGCCGCCGUUGAGUGUCGGAAUCUCUGUUUCUCCGCCACUACAAGACCGGGAAUUUCUGUCCCUAUUCUCCGUGACUGCUCCUUUCGGAUUCCUUCUGGACAGUUAUGGAUGCUUCUUGGUCCCAAUGGCUGUGGCAAAUCCACCCUUCUCAAGAUUUUAGCAGGUGUAGUGAAUCCAACUAGUGGCACUGUCUUUGUGGAAAAGCCCAAGAAUUUUGUGUUUCAGAAUCCUGAUCAUCAGGUAGUGAUGCCUACUGUAGAAGCUGAUGUAGCGUUUGGUCUUGGCAAGUAUCCUGACAUGGGUCUAGAAGAAGUUAAGUCUAGGGUUAUUGCAGCUUUGGAUGCUGUUGGUAUGCGUGAUUAUAUGCAGAGACCGAUUCAAACUCUAAGUGGUGGUCAGAAACAAAGAGUCGCCAUUGCUGGUGCUUUAGCUGAAGCUUGCAAAGUGCUGUUGUUAGAUGAGCUCACAACCUUCCUUGAUGAGUCUGACCAGUUGGGUGUUAUUAAAGCUGUUAAAGAGUUAAUAAAUGCAAAGAAAGGAGGAGAUGUGACUGCUUUAUGGGUGACACAUCGGCUAGAGGAGCUCGAGUAUGCGGAUGGAGCUGUGUAUAUGGAGAAUGGGAGGGUGGUCAGGCAUGGUGAUGCAGCCACCAUCCUUGAUUUCAUUAAAGCCAAACAAUCGUCUUACAUUGACCAAAUCGGUUUUUAGUUUCUAUUGUCACCACUCUCAGUGUUUUUCCAUAGACUGAUUCAAACUCUCAGUGGUAGUAAAAGUUGUAGUAUAUAUAGAGACUUGAAAAGGCAAUAAAAGCUGGAGAUUUUAACUAAGCUUUUGUAAAAGACUGUCAUGUACUUCUGCAGACACUAGUAUGCUAUUAUCUAAUUAACA